AUGGCCUACGUUCCAGGCCUCACGCUCCCUGCGUCUGUCUUCUCCAAUGCCCCCGUUUCGAUCCUCCUCCCCCUCGGACUCGGCUUGGGAUCCGGCCUUGUCUCCCAGCCUGGCAAACUAAGUCCCAAGAGGUUCUCAGACCCAGCUGCCACAGACUUAGGAAAGUUCAGAAGCGCGCAAGACCAGUACAAGGCUCUCAAGCAGCCUCCCUACAGACCACCUCCGUGGGUGUUCGCGCCAGCCUGGUCCGCCCUUUAUUUAGUGAUGGGAUAUGCGGCGCACCGUGUCUGGACGAUCGGAUUGGCAUCCCCAAAUCCGCAGACGGUCGAACACGCAAGGAGAGGGGCGACAUUGUACACACUACAACUGGGGCUGAACCUCAUCUGGAUGCCUCUGUUCUUUGGGUUGGGCAGGCCUAUUGAGGCCAUGCUCGACGUGGUGACCCUGACUGGCACUGUGGGUUACAUGACCUAUGUCUGGCACAAGGUGGACAAGACGGCCGCGUACCUGAUGGCGCCAUAUCUCGCGUGGCUGGGCUUUGCGACGUAUUUGACCGGUGGGACUGGCUAUCUCAAUGGAUGGACAAUCAAGCAGGAAGCCGAGACCCAGCAAGAGGCCGAAAAGAAGGAUUCGUGA